GCGGUAAAGGUGAAGCAGGCCCAACUGGUGAAAGAGGGCCAAGAGGACGAGUUGGUCAACCAGGUUUUCCAGGAGCAAAUGGAAAUCCAGGUAUACCCGGUGAGGAUGGUCCUCGUGGUAUGAUGGGAGACCCAGGCUGUAAUGGAACAAAGGGAGAGCGAGGUAUCCCAGGAAACCCUGGAAACCCAGGACCCAAAGGAAACAUGGGCUUGCCUGGCAAUGUAGGAAUGAAAGGUGAAAAAGGUUCAUCAGCCACUGAUGUUGUUGGAGCUAAGGGAGAUACAGGACCUCCAGGAGAAAGAGGAGAUGCUGGAGAGCGCGGGGACAGAGGAUCGCAAGGUGGCCAGGGACCACCAGGAGAGAAAGGGGAACCUGGACCACCAGGCCCUGAUGGAGCAAGGGGAGAAAAGGGAAAUCAGGGGAUUGCAAAACAAGGAGCAAAGGGAAAGAUGGGUGAACCAGGUGUGAAAGGAGAAAAGGGAAAACCAAUGAACAUCGAAGAAUUUAAAGGAUCAAACCUCACUGUAAUCAGAGUAAAGGUUGGUGAUUAUUUACUUUGUUUUCUCAAUUGCAAUCUUAAAAUUGACAAUCUCAAGAUUGAGGAACACUUCAUGAAAAAUUUUCUUAGCAAACAUCCAGGGGUCAAGGGAGACAAAGGUGAACCGGGCCAGUCUGGUAGCAAAGGAGAGAAAGGAGAUAGAGGACCAUCCAACUCUGGUCCAGAAGGUAUCCAAGGACCUACUGGGCCAAAAGGAGACCCUGGUCAAAAGGGAGAACCGGGAGAGACUGGUACAAGAGGAGCUCCAGGAGAAGAUGGUCCACAGGGACCUCCUGGUACACAAGGAGAUGAAGGUCCUCUUGGAGAAAGAGGGGCAACAGGAAAUUCUGGUGAUCCUGGAGAACCAGGCUUGAAAGGAGACAGAGGAGACAGAGGACCUGAAGGAGUUGGACCACCAGGCCCUGAUGGCCCCAAGGGUGACACAGGGCCUCCCGGUUUUCCAGGUGCAGGAGGACCAAAAGGUGACAGAGGAAAUCCUGGUGCCACAGGCCCUCCAGGACCACCUGGACCACAAGGAACACAGGGUGACCCAGGACCUACUGGACCUCCAGGAGGAUUGGGACUUCCUGGCAAUCCUGGGAUGAAGGGUGCUACUGGUAAUCCAGGGCCCCGGGGCUUGCCAGGUCCAAAGGGGGAUAAAGGACCACGUGGAAUCACUGUCUUUGGAGAUCAAGGCAUGGAUGGAGAACCUGGACAAAGAGGAGAGAAAGGAGACAAGGGAGAACAAGGAUUUCCAGGCCCACAAGGUGAUAGCGAAAGUGGUCCCCCGGGAGAAAAAGGUAAUCAAGGACCACCAGGGUCUCAAGGAGAAGAUGGCCCAAAGGGGUCCCAAGGUCCCAAAGGUGAAGCUUGUGGUGACUGUCCAGAGGGCCCCCAAGGUCCUUCAGGAGAAGAUGGUGAAAGUGGCCCCCAAGGGCCAAGUGGUACCUCAGGGUCACCAGGCGACCCUGGACCUCAAGGUGACCCAGGGGCUCCUGGACCUCAAGGACGCAGUGGACGUGACGGAGAACCAGGUCUGCAAGGUGAUCCUGGCGAAGCUGGAGCUCCUGGGCCUAAAGGUGAAAAGGGAGAGGUUAUCAGAGUGGUAGGGGACAAAGGGGAGAAGGGAAAACCGGGUGUGGAGGGUAUCCCUGGUGAUCAGGGUCCUCCAGGAGCAGAGGGAGCACAAGGGCCACCUGGACCCAAGGGGUCUACCGGACCUCGCGGACUUAAGGUUUGUCCUUUUCAUAUUAAAAAAAAAAAAUGGUUGCUAUUAUUCAUUGUGUUUCAGGGUGAGAGAGGCUCGGAUGGAAAGGAUGGGAAAACUGGCGAGACAGGUCAGAGGGGAGAUAAAGGAAUGAAAGGAGAGCCAGGAGAGGUUGUAAAUGGGCCUAAAGGGAAAGAUGGUGAAAAAGGCGAUAAAGGAGAUUUGGGGGCUAAGGGCGAAAAAGGAUAUUGUCUUAACUUUGGACAACUUAAGAACAUGACGAAGGGCGAAAAAGGCGAGCCAGGUGCCACAGGCCCCCCCGGUCCAAAAGGAGAUAAUGGAGGGCUAGGACCACGAGGAGAAAGGGGCCAGACAGGACAGAAAGGAAAAACAGGAAUGCCAGGAAAGAAUGGAACUGGAAUUCCAGGGCCGCCGGGACCUCCUGGUCCUCAAGGUCCCAACGGACCACCAGGUCCCAAAGGUGACCCAGGAUUCAGAGGUGACAAAGGUGCCCGUGGCCCUGAAGGUCCUCCAGGUAGCGAUGGUGAUAAGGGAGAGAAGGGAGACAUUGGGCCUCUCGGUAACCCUGGGUCACCCGGUAGUCCCGGUAAAAAUGGAGCCCAAGGGGACCCUGGAGAAAGAGGCGAGCGGGGUAGCGAUGGUCUGAAAGGGGAACCUGGUGAAAAGGGGAGUAACGGCCAGGCUGGCAGUCCAGGAGCGCCAGGCCAGACAGGACCUCGGGGAUUCCCAGGAGAUAGAGGAGCCAAGGGUGAUGCUGUAGUCGGACCACGUGGUCCUUCAGGGAAAGAAGGGCCUAAAGGUCAGCCCGGACAAAAGGGUGAACCAGGACCACCAGGAAGAGACGGAGACCCAGGAAACGACGGCGAUGUUGGAAACCCUGGAGAGAAAGGAAAAGAAGGAGCUGCCGGUCCAAAAGGUGUCGAGGGGCCCCCAGGAUUGAAAGGAGAGGUUGGUGAGCCCGGAAAUAUCGGAGAGAAGGGACUUCCAGGAAUCCCAGGAGGCCGUGGCGAUCAAGGCGAUAAGGGCAGUCAAGGAACAGAAGGAAUUUCAGGGCAGCAGGGCGUAGAAGGUCCAAAGGGUGAUGAGGGUCCACCAGGCAGACAAGGCUUCCCAGGCAUGAAGGGAAACUUGGGUAUGAAAGGAGAACAAGGUCCGCCGGGAAAAUCAAAUGCAACAGUAAUACCUGGAGAUAAAGGCGACAAGGGAGAUCGCGGCCCUCCUGGGCCACCAGGAAGAAAUGGUGAAGAUGGUAUUGAUGGAGUAGCGGGAGAUAUUGGUCCCCGUGGUGACCCAGGGCCUGAUGGUGCACCCGGUGAACCUGGACAAGCUGGUACGCCCGGUGUACCGGGAACAUCAGGUGACAAAGGGGAACCAGGACUCAGAGGACCUGCAGGGAAAGAGGGCCCUAAAGGCCAGAGAGGACCCGCGGGCCCACCUGGAGAACAAGGGCCACGGGGAGCCGUCGGAGACAGAGGCGCACAAGGAAGUAAGGGCGAUGUUGGCCCACCUGGAAUUGGUAUCCCUGGGUCCCCAGGGGACCCUGGUCUAAGUGGCGAUCCAGGUGCUCGUGGAGAUGAUGGAGAGCCGGGGCCGAGUGGAAAGGAUGGAGUACAAGGACCUCCAGGGCCUCCUGGCUCCCCGGGAGAUAAAGGUAACGCAGGGCCUAAAGGCGACCAAGGAAAUACAGGAGAAACGACAGUCGUUCAGGGCCCUAAAGGGGAGAGAGGUCAAGCUGGCAGAAAUGGUGUGGAUGGCGCUGAUGGAACCAACGGUGAACCCGGACCCCCUGGACAGCCUGGAAACCCUGGACCGCCAGGGAACGUAGGUCUGCCAGGUGACCCAGGUCCGAUAGGUUCUGCUGGUCCCCCUGGUGAGAAUGGUUUGGCGGGAGACCCAGGCCCUAAAGGAGAAAAGGGACAAGAGGGUUCAGCCGGGCAGCCAGGAGUCAAGGGUGAUACAGGUAUUAAAGGUAAUGCAGGCCAACCAGGUCAGCAGGGAGACCAGGGGCCACCAGGAGAGGCAGGAGCGAAUGGCGAGCCUGGGUUGAAAGGAGAACCAGGACCACCAGGACCAAACGGUAGCCCUGGAGAAAAUGGAGCAACUGGGGCAAACGGAGACCCUGGUCAACCUGGUCCCCCUGGGGAUGCUGGUGCCAAAGGAAGCACAGGACCGGUGGGACCGCCAGGACCACCCGGACCCAAAGGAGAUGGAGGAAUGGAGGGUUUUCCAGGAGAUCAGGGGGAGCCAGGAGACCCUGGGGAAAAUGGUAUUACUGGUCUACCCGGAGAGAAGGGAAAUGAUGGAUUUCCCGGUGUUACUGGUGACAAAGGAGAUACUGGGGCUACUGGUCCCCCAGGCCCACGGGGUGAUCCUGGAAGAGGAGAAGGAAGUCCCGGCGAAAAAGGUGAACGUGGCUUGGAUGGAAUUAAUGGGCAGGAUGGUGAACCAGGUCCCUCAGGGCCCCGAGGGCCUCCUGGGCCUCAGGGUCCGAAAGGUGAUGACGGAGCCCCUGGAGUCAAUGGUUUAGAUGGACCCAUAGGUGACAAGGGAGAUCGAGGCAUAGCUGGACAACCCGGUCUGCCGGGAGAUCCUGGUCUGCCAGGUCCUCCAGGAGAAAGCGGACUUCCUGGACCUCCGGGUGAAGCAGAUUUCGGAUUUUAUGUGGUGCGGCAUAGUCAAACUGCAGAGCUUCCUGAUUGCCCAGCCGAUACGGUAUCGCUAUGGGAAGGCUACAGUUUGCUUUACGUGCAGGGCAAUGAACGUGCUCACGGCCAAGAUCUUGGUCAGCCCGGUUCUUGUCUUCCAAAAUUCAGCACCAUGCCUUUCCUGUUCUGUAACCUGAACGAAAACUGUAACCUGGCCUCGAGAAAUGACUACACCUUCUGGCUGUCGACACCCGAACCUAUUCCCAUGAUGCCUGUGCAAGACCAAGAUGUGAAGCCGUUUAUCAGUCGCUGCCGUGUCUGUGAGGCGCCAGCUAUGGUCAUGGCUCUUCACAGCCAGAGCAUGGUUGAGCCAGAUUGUCCUGAGGAAUGGCAGCCACUCUGGAGAGGCUACAGCUUCUUGAUGCACACAAGCGCCGGAAACGACGGUGCUGGCCAGCUUCUUUCAUCCCCAGGCUCCUGUCUGGAGGACUUCCGUACCAGUCCUUUCAUCGAGUGCCACGGUCGCGGGACAUGUCAUUACUACGGCAGCACGUACAGUUUCUGGUUAACAACCGUCACGGACGAGGAGCAGUUCCGAACACCGACAUCAAAGACGAUUAAAUCAGGAAACCAACGAGAACACGUCAGUCGCUGCACUGUUUGUAUGAAAAAGGUUUACAACAACAAUAAUGGAAACGGAAAUGGCGGAGGAGGUGGGGUCACGGAUCCCCUCGUCGACCCUAGAGACUUGCCAAACUAACUCAGUAUGAGCAGUAUUAGUAUAGUAAUGUCGAAAGUUUUCUUUUUUUAUUAUUUACGUUAAGCAAUGUAAUCUCGUUCUUUACGUUGCUUUUGGAUUACGCCGUUAUUUGAAAUUCUAUGCAGGGAGGAAUGCGAUUCACCUCCAAGGUCAGUAGACCUGUUAUUGGAUUAUUGUUUUUCAAGUCUAAAAUUAAAUUUACCAAUAUUAGUGAUAAUGCCAUCUCACCUUUUUCCACAAAGGUUGAGUGAGUUUAACUGUUUCUGCGUUAUAUUUGGUCAACAUUAUUCUUCAAAAUCCGUAGACGAUCACUUAGAGGAUUAAAAGGCACAUGACCUCCGUGUUUAUCAGACCUGUUACUCGUAGCUUUUUUUCUUCAUUUUGUGACAUUCAGGUCUUGAUUGUUAAUGAUAUUCAUCCUUGAUGAAUCUCGCGAUCAAAUUGGUUUUACUAAACAUCAAUUUUGAUGAACGCUAUUCGCGUUCCUUUUGAUUUUUUUAUCAGUAUUUUUUUUUCAGGUAAUACCCAAGUUUUAAAGCAUGUCCUCUUACGCAGUUU